CACCUGCUUCCAGCGGCAAAACAGCUGGCGCGGGACCGGCGCGCGCUGAUGGGCGGCUGCAGCAGCGCUCGCCUCGGAGAGCCGUGAGCGAGCGGCCGGCCGGGGGGCGGGAUGGCGGCGCCGGAGCCCAUGCCGGGCUACGAGGAGCUGGGGCGGCGCUGCUACCGGAGCCUGGCCGGGGCGCUGCGGGGCUGCACCGACUGCGGCUGGGAGCUGUCCCGCCGGACGUGGGCCGAGAACGCCCGGCUGGCCUGGAGCGAGCCGCUGCUUUGUCUGGUCUGCGCCGUCGGCUGGACCGUUGUGCGCCGCGCAGCCUCCCGACGCCUCUUUCGGCGCUUUGCAGAGGCCUACAAAGAGCAGUUGGACGAAAAAGGCCUCUGCCGGGCCUCGCUCGAUGAAGCCGGCUCGACAGCAACUUCUGCCGGGUCUGGCAAGGCGGGCUACGUGACUGCCGUUGGGGAGGUGACAACUGUCUUUGCUGCUGCUGCUGACCUGACCUUGCUUUGUUGUUCUCCUUUCCGCCCAGAUUGGAGGAAGGGCGCGGAAGUCCCGACAGACAUCGCUGUGGCCUACCUAAUUCAGUGCAGCUUCUAUUGCCACUCCAUCUACGCCUCUCUCUACAUGGACGCCUGGCGCAAGGACUCGGUGGUAAUGCUCAUCCACCACGUGGUCACGUUUGUCCUCAUUGCUCUCUCCUACGUCUUCAGGUACCACAGCGUGGGCAUCCUUGUUCUCUUCCUUCAUGACAUCAGCGACAUUCAGUUGGAGUUCACCAAGCUCAACGUUUACUUCAAGUACCGCAGGGGGGUCUAUCACCCCCUGAACGACUUCAUCUCAAACGUCGGUUGCAUCUCCUUUAGCAUCAGCUGGUUCUGGUUCCGCCUCUACUGGUUCCCCCUCAAGGUGUUGUAUGCCACCUGCCACUCCAGCCUGCUCUCUGUCCCCAACAUCCCUUUCUACUUCUUCUUCAACGCUUUGCUCUUUCUCCUCACGCUGAUGAAUCUGUAUUGGUUUACGUACAUCGUCUUCUUUGUGGCCAAGGUCUUGAUGGGGCAGGUGCGGGAGGUGAACGACGUGCGGGAAUACGACAUUGACGCCGAGAAGAAAGCGGCAGCCCUCGAGAAGAAUGAUGGGAAACUGCACAACUCCAGCCCUUGCAAGGAAAGGAAACAUCUAAUGAACGGGAUCGUGAAGGACAAGCGCCUUUGAGUGGGGAACUGGUGCGCUCAGGAAAGAUCUGCCCGGCUCUGCAGCCCCCGCCUCCUUCUCUCGAACCCCAGCCAGUUUGGAGAGCUUCUGACCUGGUCCCGUCCCCCUGAUUAAUAUGGAGAGCUGUAGGGGUGGGCCCCCCGUGGGCGUCACCAUCUCACUCUCGGCUGGGGUUCCGUCCAUGGCAUGCGACAGGCUGGAGUCGGCCAUCUAGUGACCCUUCCUAUGCACUGGUCAAGUUGGAACAGGGUGUUUUUUCUUUCAUAGACAGUAGUGGACAGACUGCGGUGCCACGGUGGAGUCUGCCGUCCCCCCCACCCCCCACUCAGGUUGGGUGCUGCAAAGUCCAGCCCUGGCCCCCCUGGAUCCUCUGGUUAAGGAUGGGCCCAAGACGGCAGAGGGGCUUCCUCUCUGCGGUUGCCUCUGGAGCCCUGAUUGGCUGAGAGAAAUGAGAGGGAGGGCCGUCGUCGCUCCAGGAAGCCAGUCUCCGUGGAGAAUCAAUGACGUCUUGCCCCAGUUUACUGUGGCUGAGGAUGGGGAAUGCCCCGGAGAACUUCUGUGUCUCUCUGUGUGCUCCUUUUGUGUGUUUUUGGGAUGUGUAUUUGGAGAGAGGAUGUUUUGCCUUGGGAGGGGUCCCACGCCCCCAACUUUGGAAUACAUACAAAAGGAUGAGCCAGAUAAGUAGCAAACUUCUUCAAGAAAUUUGUUGUU